AUGCUCAGCGGCAGCAUGCAGCUCCUCCACGCCCUCACCAUACUCUGCUCACUGUGCAAGUUUCCAACACUGGUCUCAGCAGAAAAUACAAAUAGCUCCGUGGAUCUAGAAUCCAAAGUGGCCGAGAUUUCUCCGCCAUUGCCAGCGAACCUCAUCCUCCAGCGCAAUGCCGCUAUAACAUCCAAGCUCGCAGCAGGACCAGCCAUCGGCGUGAAGAAAAUGAGUGACGACGAAGGCGAGAAAUUCUUCCUCGAUUACUGGGGUUUUGGGGAUGACUUUUCGUCUGGUAACAUAUCUGAGCGAAACCUCUCCGAUGAUGACGGAUUUUCCCCAGCAUCCUUUGUGGCCCAAUCAUACCCAUUCGGGCCAUCUUAUUCCUUGGGCACAGAUGGGGAAAGUGAGGUCCUUCCCCGGGAAAAUAGUAACAGCGUCAUCAAUCUGUUUGAGAAACGAGACUUCAAGUGCCCGGCUGGGACAACGGCGUGCGUAUCCAUCGGUCGAUCCGAUCGCUGUUGUGCAUACAUCACUGUUAUUACGGUGUCUGUUCAUUCGACCGUGGUGUUGUCUACUGUGACCUACUCGACCAAACCACAGGAUACUACUCCCACUUCCACUUCCUGCUCUUCCUUGACAACCUCUCUCGACAGCAGCAAGUCCACAACAAACGAUGGCUUGGCACCGCCAGCACGACCUACGAACCUAUCAACAGUAACUAGUGUUACCCACGGCAGCGAUGUCUGCCCAACUGGUUUCUACGCCUGCUCGGCCGUCUACCAAGGUGGCUGCUGCCGCACCGGAAGAGACUGUGAUACGACCUCAUGUCCGAUCACAUCUUCGACGACCAUAAUAUCAGAUGGUGUGACGAUUGUAGUGCCCGUCGCGACAACAACGCAAUACCCUGGUGGAAACCGGUGUGCUCAGGGCUGGUUUCACUGUGCUGACACUGUGGGUGGAGGAUGCUGUCCCAUGGGGUUUGCCUGUGGUGCUAGCUGUACGGCAAGGGACAUUGCGUUUGGGACGACUAUCGCCAAGGAACAAGCCACCGCGACUAGGGGAGCUGGUGUGAUGCACCGGGUUAACAAAAUGAUGUUGGGGAUGAUGCUGGGCAUGGGUGUGGGAGUUUGGAUAUUAUGA